GCGUGACAUCAUAAGUUGCAGCCAGCCAACACGAGGAAGCGAUGAGGUCCAGUAAAUAGACGGAACAAACAUAAAUACCCUGAUUUCUUUUCCCCAUGUACAAAAGAGCCACGUCCUUGACAUUCACCAUUCUAACGGCGCUGUGCGUCUAUUUUCGUGCGUACACCUCCAUCUCCAAGCCCGACUUCCGAGUUCCUUAGACGCACAGAAUCUCCUUUACUCAAUGUACUCAAGGCGUUCAUGGAACAUCCGAUGGACUACACUUAUGAACAACUAGUCCGCCUCUUCGAGAGACCCGCGGAUUUUCCGUACCAGGUCGCCGUGUCCCUUGAUCAGCAAAUGAAACGGCUUCGUUGGCUCUCCUUAAUAACUUUCUACACCAUAUUCAUAGGUCCCGACACCGUCUUAACGGGAUAUAUUCUCCUCCGGGAAAUCUUCUUUACCAUCAUGCACCAUUUUUUAUAUCUGUUUCAUAGUUGCCUUCGGUCCCCGUCGCUAAUCAGAUACUACGAAGAGCGCACGUCUGCCUCUCUUCCGGGGAAAGAAUUCUUUAUUUUUGUCAGAAAUUCCAACGACAUGUAUAACACAUGGACAAAACAAUCCAGAAUUUUGACAGUUUUGCGAUGUGUGUCGGUCGCGGGCUGUGCCUACAUGGUGGUCGUCCUUUGGUUCGGGUUACAGUAGGUAUUAGGAUUGAUGUCCGAGGAAGCGUUCGGUUCUGGUCAUUAUCG